AUGGGAUGCGUAGUAGUUGCCAAUGUCCAAAAUGAACAGGACACACAGAAUCAGACUUUCAAAGUACCGAUGUGGUAUUGGCAAGAGGAUUCUUGGGAGACCAAAGAAAAGACCAUUUGGCGGCGAUAUCAAGAUAUUGAAUCCGCAAUCAUAGAAGAAGUAUAUGAAGAAAGAAAUGGACCAAAAGUUGCCAACCUAGACAAAUAUUACAUUGAUUUGAAUGAAUAUGCUCAAAUUAGUCGACGGAAUCCAACGAAACAAUGGAAAGUGAAACGGGAGUUAUGUAUUCGAGCAGAUCUCGUUCGAGAAACAAAUCGAUUUGUUGAUUCACAGUCAACAGCAGGACCCUUUUAUGAUGUGCCAACUGCUGGUGGUUAUCAUGGUUUCAUCAAAGCUUGGAAAGCUCGUAAUGAGCAUCGUUCGGACAAUGAAUCGCUGGAGCUUGCAGCUUGUGGUAUCAUCUUUGAAGCUGUGAGAGAUGGCAAAGACUCAUACCAAGCAGAAUGGCUUGCGAACAGCUUGAGAAAAGCUAAGGAUAGCAGCAUAGAAAAUAUCAGUAUAACAUGCAUUAAAUUAUACACAAUGGAGUCUUUUCUAUACAAGAUGAUUAAUGAUGCGCUGCGUGACAAUGAUCAAUCUAGAGUUGAAACUCUUGGACCAUUUUGCUAUCUUUUAUUUCAGACACAUUACGAUAAGUCAUUGGACAAACAUCAGUUAUGGGGUGUAGUCUAUCGAGGUACGGUUUUAGAUGAUGCUAUGAUCGAAAAAUGCAAGGCAUCCGUUGGAGAAUGGAAAUGCUGGUAUAACUUUGCAUCGACAAGCCGUAAUCGUGCUUUAGCGGAAGAGUUCGCUAAUACGCUGUUCAUCAUUGAUAUUAAACUAGCCCGUGGGGGGCUAUCCCUUGAAAAAUAUUCUAUGUACGAGAUGGAAAAAGAAGUACUACUUCCCGCUGGAGUUCCACUAAGAAUUGAUCAAGUUGAAUAUGACAAUGAAAAGCAAAAACAUUUGAUUUACGUUACUGCUAAAACCAGAGAUACAGCAUGCAAAUCUCUUCAGUUACCCUGA